GUAGGUUGAUUGAUUUGUCAACCUAAAAUUUGAGUUGAGGGGCGUAUAAUCAAUACUGCUUACGACAAUUGUGCUACAAUGACCGAUUCAAAAUACUUUACAACAACAAAAAAGGGCGAAAUAUUCGAGCUCAAGUCCGAGCUUAACAAUGACAAGAAGGAAAAGAAGAAGGAGGCUGUGAAAAAAGUCAUCGCAAGCAUGACCGUCGGAAAGGACGUCUCUGCCCUAUUCCCCGACGUGGUAAACUGCAUGCAGACCGACAAUCUCGAGCUGAAGAAGCUCGUCUACCUAUACCUGAUGAACUACGCGAAAUCGCAACCGGACAUGGCCAUAAUGGCUGUGAACACGUUCGUUAAGGACUGCGAGGAUCCGAACCCGUUAAUUCGCGCGCUCGCCGUGCGAACGAUGGGCUGCAUUCGCGUCGAUAAGAUCACCGAGUAUCUGUGCGAGCCGCUACGCAAAUGCCUCAAAGACGAGGACCCUUACGUACGAAAGACGGCCGCCGUCUGCGUCGCCAAGCUCUACGAUAUAUCGUCGAGCCUGGUCGAAGAUCAGGGCUUUUUGGAUCAGCUGAAGGACCUGCUGAGCGAUUCCAAUCCGAUGGUGGUCGCGAACGCGGUCGCCGCGCUGUCCGAGAUAAACGAGAGCAGUCCGACUGGUCAACCGCUCGUCGAGUUCAACACGAACACGAUCAACAAGCUGCUAACGGCGUUGAACGAGUGCACCGAAUGGGGUCAGGUUUUUAUUUUAGAUUCGCUCGCCAAUUAUAAUCCGAAGGACGAUCGCGAGGCCCAGAGCAUCUGCGAACGUAUCACGCCGCGUUUGGCCCACGCGAAUGCGGCGGUCGUCCUCUCCGCCAUUAAGGUUUUAAUGAAGCUGAUGGAAAUUCUCGCCGGAGAUAACGACUUUUGCUCCACGCUAACGAAGAAGCUCGCGCCGCCGCUAGUGACGCUGCUGUCGUCCGAGCCCGAGGUGCAGUACGUCGCGCUGCGCAACAUCAACUUGAUCGUCCAGAAGCGGCCCGACAUUCUCAAGCACGAGAUGAAGGUGUUCUUCGUCAAGUACAACGAUCCGAUCUACGUCAAAUUGGAAAAGCUCGACAUCAUGAUCAGGCUGGCGUCGCAGGCGAACAUCGCGCAGGUGCUCAGCGAGCUGAAGGAGUACGCGACCGAGGUGGACGUCGAUUUCGUUCGAAAGGCGGUGCGCGCGAUCGGGAGGUGCGCGAUCAAGGUGGAGCCGUCGGCGGAACGCUGCGUUUCGACCCUUCUCGAUUUGAUACAGACGAAAGUCAAUUACGUCGUGCAGGAGGCGAUCGUCGUGAUCAAAGAUAUUUUCCGGAAGUACCCGAACAAGUACGAGAGCAUUAUAAGCACGCUGUGCGAAAACUUGGACACGUUAGACGAACCGGAGGCGCGCGCGAGCAUGGUGUGGAUUAUCGGAGAGUACGCCGAGCGCAUCGAUAACGCUGACGAACUUCUCGAUAGUUUCCUCGAGGGUUUCGCCGACGAGAAUGCGCAAGUGCAACUUCAGCUGUUGACCGCCGUCGUCAAACUGUUCCUGAAACGGCCCGCCCAUACACAAGCGCUCGUGCAGCACGUUCUCAGUUUGGCCACGCAAGAUUCGGACAAUCCGGACUUGAGAGAUCGCGGUUUUAUUUAUUGGCGAUUGUUGAGCACCGACCCCGCAGCAGCUAAAGAGGUAGUACUCGCCGAUAAACCUCUGAUAUCCGAAGAGACCGAUUUACUCGAGCCGACCCUUCUCGACGAACUCAUCUGCCACAUUUCAUCGUUGGCGAGUGUCUAUCACAAACCGCCCACUGCCUUUGUCGAGGGCCGCAGCGCGGGCGUUCGAAAAUCUCUACCCGCGCGCCAGGGCUCCGUCGAAGACACGACCGUUCAUGCCGAAGCCACCGUAAUUCCCAACCAGGAAUCGCUGAUCGGAGAUCUACUGUCCAUGGAUAUCGGAAGCACAAUUCCCACGGCCACCACGAUCACGGCACCUCAAAGCAAUGUCGAUUUACUCGGCGGCGGAUUGGACUCCCUGCUGGGAGGCGGCGGCGCCGAAGCUCCGAACGUAUCGGCACCGAGCACGACCGGCCUCCUCGGCGACAUAUUCGGCAUGCCCACCACCUCAUCCAUGUACGUUCCGCCGAAAGGAUGUUGGCUUCCGGCCGAAAAGGGCAAAGGACUCGAAAUCUGGGGCACAUUUUCGAGGCGCAACGGUCAAAUUUCGAUGGAUCUUACGUUCACGAAUAAAGCAAUGCAGGCGAUGAACGGCUUCGCGAUUCAAUUCAACAAGAACAGCUUCGGUAUCUCGCCGGCCGCACCGCUCAGCAUAGGCACGAUUCAGCCGGGGCAAAGUUUAGAGGCCAGCCUAGGCCUGAGCACGACCGGACCCAUACAACGCAUGGAACCCCUCACCACCCUACAGGUCGCAGUGAAAAAUAACGUCGACAUAUUCUACUACGCCUGCCAGAUUCCCAUACAGAUCCUAUUCACCGACGACGGCCAGCUGGACAAACGCGUAUUCCUCACAACGUGGAAGGACAUUCCCGCCGCCAACGAGGUCCAGUACACGCUGAACGAAAUCAAAGGUACGUCGGACACUUUGGCGGCGAAAAUGGCUCAGAACAACAUUUUCACGAUCGCCAAACGUAACGUCGAGGGCCAGGACAUGCUGUACCAGUCGCUCAAGCUGACGAACAACAUUUGGGUGCUGCUCGAACUGAAGUUACAACCCGGCAUCACGCACGCCACCCUCAGUCUCAAAUCUAGAUCCGUCGAGGUCGCGACUCCAAUCUUUCAGGCUUACGAGGCCAUAUUAAAAUCAGCUUAAUUGUUUAUUUUACAUGUAAGAUAUUGCUCAUUAUAGAGAUAUUGUCAA